CGUAGCGGCGGCCUCGCGCUCAUGCGCAGUGGCGCCCAGGCGAGGUCUCGGGGACCCGAGGCGCCGCGGGUUCCCGGCCGGGCCUCUCGGGACGGGGGUGGGACGCGCGUCCCAGGCCGAGACGCCCGCGCUCUCCGGGGAGGGCAGUGGCGGAGCCAGAGGCCGCUCUGCAGCGCGGGGCCGAGCCCGCCGCCAGGGCCCCGCCGGCCGCCACUGUGCCGGGGCCUCCGGCCUCUCCGUCCCGGCGACAGCAUGAGACUUCAAGCAGUUGGCUCACAAAAUAAAGGAUAUUGCCAGAUUGAACCCCCAGCAAUGUCAGCCCCGAGCAAGAGGAUGACCAGUUCUUCCCGCUCCCAACUCUUUCUAAUGUGGAAGCCAGACAAGGCUCAGAGUGGGCCCAGCCAUGCCGAAAAGGAAAGCCUUGCUUCAAGACUCCGGCGUGACACUGAGACCUGUCGACAGAAUUUUAGGAAUUUUCCAUACCCAGACUUGGCUGGCCCUCGAAAAGCAUUGAAUCAACUCCGAGAGCGCUGCCUGAAGUGGCUGAGACCUGAGAUUCACUCAAAGGAACAAAUCCUGGACCUGCUGGUGCUGGAGCAAUUCCUGACCAUCCUGCCUGGGGAGGUUAGGACGUGGGUAAAGUCCCAGUACCCAGAGAGCAGCGAGGAAGUAGUGACCCUGGUGGAGGAUUUGACUAAGAUUCUAGAAGAUGAAGCUGCUCCUCCAAACUCUGCCUUUCCCCAAGAGAUCCCAGAGGAAGACCCCAAAGGAAAACAUGCUUUCCAGGCUGGGUGGCUAAAUGACUUGGUGACCAAAGAAUCGGUGACAUUCAGAGAUGUGGCUGUGGAUAUCACCCAGGAGGACUGGGAGCUAAUGCGUCCUGUGCAGAAGGAAUUGUACAAGACUGUAACGUUACAGAACUACUGGAACAUGGUUUCUCUAGGACUUACAGUGUACAGACCAACUGUGAUUCCUAUAUUGGAAGAACCAUGGAUGGUGAUGAAAGAAAUAUUAGAAGGCCCUACUCCAGGAUGGGAAACAGAAGCCCAAGAUUGUAAUCCAGUUAAAAAUGUUACUGGAUUCAGAACAGAUGGAACCCAGACCAUCAAAUUGGAAGAACCUUAUGACUAUGGUGACAGAUUAGAGAGGCAAUCACCAGAUACCUUCAUGAAAAUUCCCACUAGUGAAAGAAAUUUCAGUUUGAAGUCAGUUUUUUCACAAGAUGAUGAUUCUACAGAAGAGUAUCUUAGUAAAUACGAUAUAUAUGGAAAUGAUUUUGAAAAACAUUCAAACUUAAUUAUACAGUUUGAUACCCAUUCAGAUAAUAAGACAUAUACAUAUGAUGAAAACACGGCAACCUUCAAUCAUAUCUCAUAUGGUAUUUUACACAGGAAAUUUUAUCCUGGAGAAAAGCCUUAUAAAUGUAAUGUGUGUGGGAAAAAGUUUAGGAAAUACCCAUCCUAUGUGAAACACCAAAGUACCCAUACCAAAGAGAAAUCAUAUGAAUGUGAAGAAUGUGGGAAAGCGUUUAGGCACCUCUCAUCCCUUAUUGCACAUCAGAGAAUGCAUACUGGAGAAAAACCAUAUGAAUGCCACCAAUGUGGUAAAGCCUUCAGCCAACGAGCACACCUUACUAUACAUCAGAGAAUUCAUACAGGAGAGAAACCAUAUAAGUGUGAUGACUGUGGGAAAGACUUUAGUCAGCGUGCACACCUUACUAUACAUCAAAGGACACAUACUGGAGAGAAACCAUAUAAAUGCUUGGAGUGUGGUAAGACCUUCAGCCACAGUUCAUCACUGAUUAAUCAUCAGAGAGUUCAUACUGGAGAAAAACCUUAUAUAUGCAACGAAUGUGGGAAAACUUUCAGUCAGAGUACACACCUUCUUCAACAUCAAAAAAUACAUACUGGAAAGAAACCAUAUAAAUGCAAUGAGUGUUGGAAAGUAUUUAGUCAAAGUACGUACCUUAUUCGACAUCAAAGAAUUCAUUCUGGAGAGAAGUGUUAUAAAUGUAAUGAAUGUGGAAAAGCCUUUGCUCAUUCCUCAACUCUUAUUCAACAUCAAACUACUCACACUGGAGAGAAAGCCUAUAUAUGUAAAAUAUGUGGAAAAGCCUUCAGCCAGAGUGCAAACCUUACUCAACAUUAUAGAACACAUACUGGAGAGAAACCAUAUAAAUGCACAGUGUGUGGGAAAGCAUUCAGCCAGAGUGUACACCUUACUCAACAUCAGAGGAUUCAUAAUGGAGAAAAACCCUUUAAAUGCAACAUAUGUGGGAAAGCAUAUAGACAGGGUGCAAAUCUUACUCAACAUCAUAGGAUUCAUACUGGAGAGAAACCCUAUAAAUGUAAUGAAUGUGGGAAAGCUUUUAUUUAUUCCUCAUCACUUAAUCAACAUCAUAGAACUCAUACUGGAGAAAGACCUUAUAAAUGUAAUGAGUGUGAUAAAGAUUUUAGCCAGAGAACAUGCCUUAUUCAACACCAGAGAAUUCACACAGGAGAGAAGCCGUAUGGAUGCCGUAUAUGUGGUAAAGCCUUCACUCAAAGUACAAACCUUAUUCAGCAUCAGCGUGUUCAUACAGGUGCCAAACAUCGUAAAUAAUGGAUAUGAAGACUUUAGGUAUUACAACUUAAUCAUUUAAAUUUUAUUUUGUACUCUCUCUGUGUUAACACAUUCAAAAGAAGUGCAAUAUAUGUUACAUGCCACUGAGCAAAAGUAUCAAUUGGUAAUGUGGAUAUAAUCUAUUUAAAUGUAAUGUGAAAUUUAAGAAGAAAACUUUUUUUUUAACUGAUUUUUUAGAGAAGGAGGGACAGGGAUAGAGAUAGGAGCAUCAAUACGAGAGAAACUUCAUGGAUUGGCUGCCUCCUGCACACCCCCUACUGGGGAUCCAGCCCAAAACCCAGGCAUGUUCUCGGACCAGGAAUUCAACAGUGACCUGGUUCGUAGAUUGAUGCUCAACCUUCCUUCACUUCUUAACCUUUACUUGAUUUAUUCCAGAAAGAAACCCUGUGAAAGUAAGAGUAUUCAGAAAUCUGUAACUCACCAACUCUUACUGUAUUUUAAGUACUUUUUAAUGAAGCCUUGUGAAUGUAAUUUGUGAAAGCUUCCAUCAAGCAGAGAUCUCACAGAAGAAAGUAGUCCUGGGAUAAUAGAAAAGCUGUUUUAGUGGGCUUUUAGUUCUUCCCAGCUUUGAAGCCUUAAAUAUGUAAAAGGUCUUCCCUUAUUAUGCCAUAACUGCCAUGUUUGGGGGAGAAAUUUUAAAGAAUCUUAAAGAUUUCUAAGUGACCACUGUUUAAUUAUACUUUUCCUUAAAUACUUAAAUAUUUAAAAAAGAGAACCUUAGUGAAAGAUGAUAGGAUAGAAAACUAAUGUGUAUAUAUAUAACCCUUAGGCAUGUACAAAUUCAAUUUAGUUAAAGACAAAAAUUAAACACCCAAGCUUAAGUUAAUCUUUAAAACAGCCUAAGUUUCACUGUUUUUAACAUCUGUCAUCCUGUAGAAAAAAAAGAGAGAGAGGAAAAAAAAAAAAAAAGGCUAUUGUUCCUUUUUUUUUUUUUUUUUUUUUUUUUUUUUUUUUUUUACCUGCCUCCUAAUUUUAUAGCUUAAGGGUACUCUGUGAUGUUUUACUGUGGAAAGUCCAUUUCUUAACUUGAAAUACAUGUUUUUUGAGUGCCUACUGUGUUCAGGGCCCAACUUCUUAAAUUGGAUCCUUUCAGGGCUUCUUGCAGUACUUUGCUGCAAUUCACUGCUAAAUGAAGCAACCAAAAGCUUUCUAAACUGAUGAAAGAUUAAAGUAAGGACAUGAGCUUAACUAGUACAUUAUAGGAUGAGCAUAAGAAACCUAAAAUGGGUUGGCAACGUUGACUACAUAUCCUAAAGCAAGGAAGUAAUAAAAUCUAAUGUGAGGGAAAAUAAGUAAUGGGAAAUGGAUAUGAGUUCAGUGCAGAAAGUGGAGUCAGGAAAAAAAUCAUGAAGACAACAGUUGGGGAAAGUGAACAUAUAGGUAAGUUAACAUGAACUGUUAGGUGGUUUACCUUAGGGAAAAAACGGAUUGAAUAAAAAACAAAAUUCAUCCUGUUUGUAAGAAGAAAGUAAAAAUUAUUGAUUUUGAAGGAAUAGUUAGAAUUCAUUUUCCUUCAUAUAAGUAUACUCUUCAAAUUUAGGAGGGAAAUUCAUUGAAAAAAGCAUUGAUGCAGUAAUCUUUAAACAAUAAUGGAGCAGAGUCCUAAACAAUAUAAAAGGAAAACUGUCAGAAAUGCAAAUAGCAAUAGGCAAAAAUACCAUUGCAUUUUAUAUCCACAGCAUUCCACUGUCAAAAUAUUAGACCAUAUUCUGAGAGCUGAGAUUUCAUCUUGUUUCUUCAGUGCCUUGCGUAUAGUAGAUGGUCAAUAUCUGUUAGUUGAAUUAAUAAGUAGAUGAGUAAAAAGGUAGACUUUACUGAUGGAGUGAAAUUGGCAUAAUUUUUUGUACAUACAUGAAAAGAAAGUUUUAAAUAUUGGUCAUUGGUUGGUUAAGAACUACUUAAAAAUGAAGAAACCGAAUCUGAAGAUAUCGAUAAUGGGGAUUGCUAAUAUGUCCUAAGAAACUAUCAGACAUAUUUGCACAGGAAGUUUUCCUGAGCUAGAUUAAGAAAAACAAAUUCUGGCACCACAAAUAUCAAUUUAAACAUGUGUUGACCCAUGUGGCUUCAUUUGGACAUGACUAUAUAUACAUCCUACAAAAAAGUGCAGAAGCAAAGACAUCUUCAAGGCUUUCUUGUUGAGUGUUUUCUUCAAGAAGUUGUUGCUUUUCCUUGCUUGUCAUUCAUUACCCUGAUGUUAUGGAAUUGCCUUUCAUAAAUUAUAGAUUAUCUCCAGGUUGUAUAAUACUCAAAUUAUGCUUAUGCCAGUGAUUAGAUUAAAAAUAACCAUUGUACUUCAUAUGCAAUUUUUUAUAAUGCCACUUUAUACCUUACACACCAUUUUUCUCCUGGAAGGAAUGUGUGGAGUAUUAUAAUCCAUAGCGUCUUUCUUUGCAUUAAUUUGUACUUACUACUUUUAUGUGUUUUGCAUAAAUAAUGCAUUUAUAAAGGUCUUCCAUUGAUAACACUGAAACCAUUGAUGCCCUUAUAAAAUAAUCAAAAAAUAAUAGUGGAGAAUCCUAAAUCUUUGUGUAUUUUUCCCACUUUUACAGUUGUCUGGCCUAAAUAUAAUACAAGUGUUUUAUUUCCCACAACUUUUUAUUAUAAAGACAUUCAAAUAUACUGAAAGACAUUAGGUCAUACCAAGAAUAUUUCCUGAUACAUGAAAUUCAAAUUUGUUAAAGGAAUAAAUUUCCUGAAAGUUAAAGAGGAAUAAAUUACAUCUGUCACUUAGAUUUUAAAAUUCACAUUUUGCCAUAUUUUUUUGAAAAAUAAAAGACAUGACAUUUCACCCCUAUUAAUGCAUCUCAUAAAAAAUGAGUCUUUUUCUUUUUUAUAAUCACAAUAUUAUUAUAUAUCUCAAGAAAUGAAGAGUAAUUUCCUAAUACCAAAUGUUUAAUCCAUGUUUAAAUUUUUCCUGUUCAGUCAAAUCUCACACACUACAUUUUAUUGUAAUGUUUGUUUCAUCUUUAUAAAACAGUCUCCCAACUUUGAUUUUUUUUCCAGGACUUUUUUUAAUGGACCCGGUCAGUUUUAGAAUUUCACAUUCAGGAUUUAACUAUUGUUUUACAACCAGAUUGUUUAUCAAGUCAACAGAUCUGUGGUUUGCUUAUCUUGUUGCUGUAGUUUCUGUAAAUCAGCAAUUGGGGCCAAAGGCUUGAUGUAUUUAGGUUAAACAUUUUUAACAUUAACACUUCACAGAUGUAUGUCAUAUUAUAUCAAAGUCAUAUUAAUACCUAUUUGCCUCACUAUCAGUGAUGCAAAAUUUGAUCACUCAGUUAUAACCACCUUAUCUUCCCACUGUAAAAGUAUGUUUUUCUGUGGACUGAGACCUUGGCAGAUUAUGGAUAGCCUGUGUAGCCACAAACUCACCUGGUGGUUUCAGUAUCCAAUAAUGAAGAUUCGUGUCUUGAAAUCAGUGAUUUUUCUAUUAUUUCUACAUUUAUUGACUGACAUUCUAUAAGAGUGAACCUUCAUCAGCUGGGCUACACUUGAGGCAAGGUCAUGCUCAAUUCCUUUCCUUUAAUUACAAAUUGUCAUAUUAAAGAGUUGACAGUGCUGACAAAUGGUUCAAUAUAUUAUGAUAAAUUGUGAUCAUUUUUCUAAUGCUCAAAUUAUCCCAAGUUUGCCCAGUUUGAACCCUUCAGGUAGCUCUUACGUCCUUGCUUUGACAUUCCCUCUCCCAUCUUUGGGCACUUCAUUGCCUUCUGACAGAAGAUAUCUCAGAUUCACCUUGCACAUUCAUUGCCCCAUUUAUAACCAUUUCUCCAGGGAUUCCUGGCUCUUUUUAAUGGACAUCUGUUUAGAAAUCAAGAUCUGGGUGCUAGGCAUGCUCAUUACUACUGGGGUAUAACUUAGUUUUCAUUAAGAUGAGUCUACUUAUCUAAUACCUAAUUAUGUAAUUAUAUAUUGGGACAAACUAGGAGCAAACAACUAAGCAUUAUACAACCAAGUUGUAGAGAAUAGAAGUGUUAUGUAUACUAGAAAGCAGAAAACUUCACUACAAGAGAUCUGCAGAGGCCAUUAGAAAAGUUUAAAAAGGAAGGAAGGUUAAUCUGGCAAGCAAAUUAAACAAAGCAAGAGUAACUAAAUGUAGGACACCUACAAUGUUGUGUUUUAACGAUUAACAUAUUUUGAUAAUUUACUGUUAAAAGCUAAUUGCAUUUCUUUCCCAUCAUUCCUGAAGGCAUGUUUCUGAUCUAAAUUUGAAUUCUGAGGAUCUGUUUUAUGCAAAUCUAAAUACUAGGGAUUUUUGCUAAACUUUUUACUUGGUCUUUAAAACUUUAAGGCUAUUAGAUUUUAUUAUUUGACUGUAUCUUAUGAUACCAAUGCACUUGCAUAUGUGCCUGCAGAUGUACUUUCUGAUAUUCUCAUGGCUCUGUCUUUCACUAUAAGAUAUAACCCUAGACCACUAGAGCCAUUAAAAAUUGCAAGCAUGUGCACUGUAGUAAUAUGUAUAAAUAUGUGUAUAGCUUCUAAGCAACAUUGAGUCCUUUGUUGCCAGGGUUGACCAGCAGAUCCUGGGCAACAAAUGGAUGGAUUACUCCCAACACACGUGCAGUGAAAGAGAGGGCUAAGGGACUGCCUGGCUAAAAGAACCAGGCAGCCUCAAUUGCCUGCCUCAUUAGGCUUUUAUUGUAGCAGCAGUUUGAGAUAAAGUCUAUCUUUUAGAUACAGUCUGCAGGGUAAUAUUGGGAGGACACCUGUGUCUGCAGUGUCCUUUAAGCAAGGACACCCAAAGAUUAAGCAUACGGAUUCCCGUAAACACCCAGGGGUCUGCACAUGCACAGACUUGUUUGGAAAGAUCAAGGAAUAAUUAGGGGCACCAAGUUGGAAUUCCGAUAAACAGGGUGGGUGGUCUUCAGCACACUUCUUUUUUCUUGGAAUGUCCUCCUUACAAACUUCCAACCAAGUCUCAUACUCUGUGUGGGGGUGAUUCUGAAGUGCCUGAGGUCAUAUACAUAUACAUACCCAUAACAGAAUAAGGAUUGGAACCCAUUGCUCCAGCACUUAGUUGAAAUGUUAAAUGAAAAUUCAGAGC